GCGUUAUAAAUAGGCGGAAUAAGCACCGGUCUCGCUGGCGCUUCAUACGAAGAACGAACAAAGCGCUUAGUGAUAGUAGACUAUUCGGUUAAGCUCACAGAAAUGGCGAGCGGCGGUGGCGCUGGUGGUGGUGGUGGAGGAAAGGUCUCCUUCAAAGUGACGCUCACCUCCGAUCCAAAGCUCCCGUUCAAACUGUUUAGCGUUCCGGAGGCAGCCCCUUUCACCGCUGUUCUCAAAUUCGCCGCCGAAGAGUUCAAAGUGCCUCCCCAGACCAGCGCUAUCAUCACCAACGAUGGUGUUGGAAUUAAUCCUCAACAAAGUGCAGGCAAUGUCUUCCUCAAACAUGGUUCUGAACUACGCCUCAUACCUCGUGAUAGGGUUGGAGCUUCUGGGAUGUGAAAUCUGCAUUAUCAUGGCCUAUCCUCUCUGGUUAAUUUGGGUUCACUUGAGUUUUUUUUUUAGUUUUCUUAAUGAGUUGGGAGGAAUUUUACACUUCAGCGCUUCAUACUAGUGUAACUUGCAUAAACUUUAUUUAUAGAGAAGUAUGGUGUCUACAAUAAAUGGUCUUAAAUAAUUGUGGAAGGAUUUAAAAGAUGUCAAGCAUGAAUAAAUACAAAGAAUUAGCAGCCUGGGCCUGGCAAUGUCAUCAGAGACCCAUGUGCCAGUAUAGUUGCUGUUUCAAUGA